AUGACAAACUUCGAACAAGCAUUGGACGAGCAGGAAGGCGCGAUGUCAACACCAGAACACAACCGUGUGGCUCUCGCUGCCCCUGAUUCCUCCUCAUCCAUCAUCCAGCCUCUUCCCCCCGAUAAGAGCUUUUUCCCAGAGACUGACGAUUUCCACAUUCCCGACUCCGUCGAACGUCUCGCCGGGUGUUCCCAUAACCAAAUCCUGGAGAAAAUCUAUCAGAUUCAAGAACGAUUUAAAGAGGACGAAGAGGAAUCUACCCAGUACCUUCUCAUCACCGAUGCCCAGGAGGACCUCCAAGCCAAGCUUUUCGAGAGAAAAAUUGCAGGAGCGCGAGCAACUGUGUCUGGUCAGAGAAUACUUUUCCGCAUCAUGCCUGGGUCACGUCAUGAAAGGCUUGUUUCCAACCUUUCAUCAUGGUUUGUUCUGGCAAUGCAAGCAGCAGGCAUCCCGAUGGAUCCCAGCAUAUGGAUGCCAACCGGCGCAACACGAAAGACCGGGAGAUUCUGUGGGAAGGAACCCGACUAUGGCAUAGUCCCAGGAGCUGAUUAUGGAAUGCUCCCACCGAGUGAAUAUGACGCAGAGACGGAUGGCAUUCAGCUUGAAGAAGCUUGGCCCUCUAUGGUGAUGGAAGCCGGUUACACUCAGUCCUCGCGGAGCUUUCGCGCGACGGCCGACUGGUGGUACAGGAACUCGGGCCGCAGAACGAAAUUGAUCUUGCUCUUCGAACUUCGACGAAUCCCAACGUUUUCUGUUCACAUUCAACUUUGGCAGGAGGUCUCGACACCCCAUACCGGACGUACCUUACGAUCUGCUGCUGCUUCCCCCUUGCCCCAAGUUGUCAUGCCGCGGCUGGAAUGCACUCACUCCACGUACUUCGCCAGAGAUCACGAUCCUGCACCCAUUACACUGGAUUACUCCCAGCUUAUGAGAAAGCCGCUCCCCGAUGGCAGAUCUAACGUCAUUCUCACGUCGCACAUGUUACGACAAAUUUGUCGACCAUCAAUGUGA